GUCAGAGCUUAUGGCAUGGAGGUCAAUGCAACCUUGGUCAAUGUUCUUCAUCUGGAUUCGCCGUUGGAAGCUGAACAUUGGGGAGGCUUCCGUGAGGUGGAGGGCUAUUCGCUUGAGAUGGCCGCGGAAGUAGUGAACCUGCAAAGAUCUAUUGUCAUCACUGGAGACCAUGAUGAUUUCGAUAUGACGGCCAAAGGCCUCCAUACCAUCAGUGCUCACGGCGGCGUCAUGGACGUUCGUUUUGCACGGGUUGAGUACUGUGGCCAGCGGAACUUUAUGGGGAAGUAUUGCCUACACUUCCACCACGCUGGGGUAUGCCCGGACUGCACCUUCAAGGGCAACGCUGUGUACCAGUCGGCUCAGAUCGGCAUUACGGUUCACGGCACGCACCGCUCGCUGGUCGAGGGCAACAUCAUGUGGGACACGUCCUCAGCAGGUGUGUACAUUGAGGACGGCAAUGAGAUGUUCAACACGAUCAGCAACAACGUCAUCAUCUGCUCUCAACAUCAGAAAUGCUCCACGCCUUGGGAUGUGCAGCUUGACAAUGCUGCUGGAAUCUACAUGAUUGGGAUGACCAACAAUCUCAUUGAAAAUCGUGUGGCGGGCUUCGAGAACUGUAUUUGGACCCAUGGCUCCAUCUACCUCAACGGGCAGGGAGCGGCGCUGGGUAAAGUGUGUCCGCAGCACACGCCCUUCGGGAUCUUCCGCGGAAACGUCUGCCACGACAACAACCGCUUCGGGAUCUACUUGGACAAUCAGCGACCUCGUAAUCUGGAGAGAGACAAGAAUGGCUUUGUGGCAGACAUGGGUACUUGUGGGGAGUUCACAGAGGAUGGCCGUGACAACGGCCUCACCCCAGCCAAUGUCAUUGAGGACCAGCUGCUAGGCAACAGGGAGGAAUGA